ACACAGCAGCUGCUCUGCGCCUGAUGGAGGAAACCCUCUUCCUGGAUCAGAACUUCCGACACAAGGCGGAGAAACUGCUUGGGAUUUUCCAAAGCGAACUCUUCCAGGCGCUUCUGGACAUCCAGGAGUUCUACGAAGCGACAGUUGCAGACACCCCGCCCGUUACUACGUCCCUGCGAAGGCCUCGGCCUAAGAAAUAUCGUUACCAAGAUGAAGACAGCCCCCCGCUGGAGCACAGCCCCGCCCACCUCCCCAACCAGGUAAAGGCCCCUGAGCUGGUCCACGUGGCGGAGAAGAACCUGUCCCAGAUCGAGAGUGUCCACGGCUACGUGUCCCACUCGCACAUCUCCCCCAUGAAGGCCAAUUCCCCACCAGUGAUAGUCAACACAGAUACCUUAGAAGCACCAGCUUACGUCAAUGGAACAGAAGGCGAAAUGGAGUACGAGGAGAUCACGCUAGAAAGGGGUAACUCCGGCUUGGGUUUCAGCAUCGCCGGGGGCACCGACAACCCCCACGUGGGGGACGACCCCAGCAUCUUCAUUACCAAGAUCAUCCCCGGCGGGGCGGCAGCACAAGACGGACGGCUCAGGGUGAAUGACAGCAUCCUUUUCGUGAAUGAUGUAGACGUGCGGGAGGUGACGCACAGCACUGCCGUCGAGGCGCUGAAGGAGGCCGGCUCCAUCGUGCGCCUCUACGUCAUGCGCCGCAAGCCCCUCGCUGAGAAGGUGAUAGAGAUCAAGCUGAUCAAAGGGCCAAAAGGCCUGGGCUUCAGCAUCGCAGGUGGGGUCGGAAACCAGCACAUCCCCGGCGACAACAGCAUCUACGUCACCAAAAUCAUCGAGGGCGGGGCGGCCCACAAGGACGGGCGGUUGCAGAUAGGGGACAAGAUUCUGGCGGUAAAUAACGUGAGCUUGGAAGACGUGAUGCACGAAGAUGCCGGCUGCCUGAAGAACACAUAUGACGUGGUCUACUUGAAGGUCGCCAAGCCCACCAACGUUUACCUGAACGACUCUUACGCCCCGCCUGACAUCACUUCCUCCUAUUCCCAACACCUGGACAAUGAAAUUGGCCACCAGAGUUACCUGGGCAGUGACUAUCCACAAGCCAUGACCCCCACCUCCCCCCGGAGGUACUCCCCCAUUCCUAAGGAGCUGAUGGGAGAGGAGGAUAUACCCAGGGAACCCCGUCGCAUCGUCAUCCACCGUGGCUCAACGGGGUUGGGCUUCAACAUCGUGGGGGGCGAAGACGGCGAGGGGAUUUUCAUCUCCUUCAUCUUGGCCGGGGGACCCGCCGACCUCAGCGGGGAGCUGCGGAAGGGGGACCAGAUCCUCUCGGUCAAUGGUGUGGAUCUCAGGAACGCUACUCACGAGCAAGCUGCCAUUGCCUUGAAGAACGCUGGCCAGACCGUCACCAUCAUUGCGCAGUACAAACCGGACGAGUACAGCCGCUUCGAAGCCAAGAUCCAUGACCUCCGGGAGCAGCUGAUGAACAGCAGUUUGGGCUCCGGGACGGCGUCACUGCGAAGCAACCCCAAAAGGGGCUUCUACAUCCGGGCGCUCUUCGACUAUGACAAGACCAAGGACUGCGGCUUCCUCAGCCAGGCCCUGAGCUUCCAUUUUGGGGACGUCUUGCACGUGAUCGACGCCUCAGAUGAGGAGUGGUGGCAGGCGAGGCGCGUCCAUCCGGAUGGGGAUAGUGACGAGAUCGGCUUCAUCCCCAGCAAAAGACGGGUUGAACGACGAGAAUGGACACGGCUAAAAGCAAAGGAUCGGGUGCCGGGAUCAGGCUCUCAAGGUCGAGAAGAUGCAGUCCUCAGCUAUGAGACUGUCGUGCAAAUGGAAGUGCAUUACGCUCGUCCCAUCAUUAUCUUGGGCCCCACCAAGGACCGCGUGAACGAUGAUCUCCUCUCUGAGUUCCCAGACAAAUUUGGUUCCUGCGUCCCACACACCACACGGCCCAAACGGGAAUACGAGGUGGACGGGCGGGACUACCAUUUUGUGGCCUCGCGGGAGAAGAUGGAGAAGGACAUCCAGAGCCACAAGUUCAUCGAGGCGGGCCAGUACAACAGCCACCUGUAUGGAACCAGUGUGCAGUCAGUGCGCGAGGUGGCUGAGCAGGGCAAACACUGCAUUUUGGACGUGUCAGCCAACGCCGUUCGGCGGCUUCAAGCAGCUCAGCUUCACCCGAUUGCCAUCUUCAUCCGGCCCCGAUCCCUUGAGAAUGUUCUAGAAAUAAACAAGCGAAUAACGGAGGAGCAGGCAAGGAAGGCCUUCGACAGAGCUACGAAGCUGGAGCAGGAAUUCACAGAGUGCUUCUCAGCCAUCGUAGAAGGAGACAGCUUCGAGGAGAUCUAUCACAAGAUCAAAAGAAUCAUAGAGGAGCUGUCCGGCCCUUACAUCUGGAUCCCUGCUCGCGAGAGACUUUAAAGAGCUACAAACUGAUUUUUCUGGAAGGGAUCGCGAAAAAGAAACGAAACACCAACUCGAUGAUAGAGCAGUCUCUGGAGAGAGGGGGCAGCCUCUAUCUCUUGCCACUGAACUUAGCUGUUUGGUUAAUAUUUUGGGGUGGGCGGGGGUGUCUGGGGAUGGGCUUCUUUCGUUUCUUCUUAAUAUUAUUCUCUUUUUUUCUUUUUUUUUUCUUCUUGCGUGAUCCAGCCGCCCCACCCUGGUCUCCGUUUCGAACACUCCCUUUUUUAUUUCCGCAGCAGAGGAGGGGGGGGCCCCACCCCCAACAGCACUAGCGCAUGUGUGCUGUAACAGGGGGGGGGCAGGUGGUGGCGGGGGAGCAGCGGAGGGGGCUGUUCCUUCGUUUCCGAUGUCUUUCAUUUUAUAAGGCAGCGUUGUGGACCGGUGUCUGGGCAGAUAACGAAUCAGAGAAAGGCAAAGAGCAAAGCGAGGGGGUUGGGAAAUAUAUAGAGAUAUAUUUUUAAACAAAACCUUUCUGCAGUCAGAAGCCACUUUAACUUCUACAGCGGGGUGCCCAAGCGGACCCCCGCUUUGCAAUGUAUUGUGACCAGGACGAAGUCUGGUGAGCAGAGAUGGC